GGCCACUUUAGGAUAUUCAUUCUAUCUCAAGAAACUUGCUUUCAGUUUCUCUAAAUCUCUCUCAAUAUCUUCACCAAGCAUUUGGUUUCAGCUUUAGUUUCCAAUAUGGAGUUUCCUCUCUCAUUCAUCUUUACAUUACUCAAUCUUGCAGUGGCAGUAACUCAUGCAGCCUUACCUCCUGAAGUUUACUGGAAAUCCAAGCUUCCCACUACUCCAAUGCCUAAAGCCAUUAUAGAUAUCCUACACCCUGAUUGGGUAGAAGAGAAAAGCACGUCAGUGAGCGUAGGCAAGGGAGGCGUGAACGUCGACACAGGGAAAACAAAGCCCGGAGGCACAUCAGUCAACGUAGGAAAAGGCGGAGUCAACGUAAACGUAGGCCACGGAAAUCCCAAUCCCAAGCCCAAUCCCAAGCCCAAGCCCAAGCCCAAGCGCAAAGGCACAUCCGUCAGCGUCGGGAAAGGUGGCGUGAACGUGCACACAGGCCCAAAGGGAAAGCCCGUGCAUGUUGGAGUGGGCCCACACUCUCCAUUUGAUUACAAUUAUGCAGCCAGCGAUACCCAACUAAACUCCGACCCCAACGUGGCACUCUUCUUCUUGGAAAAGGACUUGCAUCAAGGAACCAAAUUUAACCUACACUUCACUCCCACCUCAAACAUUGAAGCCACGUUCUUGCCUCGCACAGUUGCUGACUCCAUACCCUUUUCAUCAAACAAGGUCAGCGACACACUCAACGAGUUCUCCAUCACGCCAGGCUCAGACGAGGCCCAAACUGUGAAGAACACGUUGAGUGAGUGCCAAGAGCGUGGCAUCAAGGGAGAGGAGAAGCGUUGCGUGACUUCACUCGAGUCCAUGGUUGAUUUCGCCACUUCCAAGCUCGGGAACACUGUUGACGCUGUUUCCACGGAGGUGACAAAAGAGAGUGCGUUACAACAACAACAAUAUAGAAUAUCAGGUUAUUCAGGCGUUAAGAACUUGGGUGGGGACCACAAAGGUGUUGUUGCGUGCCACAAAGAGAGUUACCCUUAUGCGGUGUUCUAUUGUCACAAAUCGGAUAGCACCAAGGUUUAUUCUGUUCCGUUGGAGGGUGCUGAUGGAAGCAGGGUCAAAGCUGUUGCAGUGUGUCACACUGACACGUCACGUUGGAACCCCAAACAUUUGGCCUUCAAAGUGCUUAAGGUUCAACCAGGGACUGUUCCUGUUUGCCACUUUCUACCUCGGGAUCAUGUUGUCUUUGUUCCCAAGUGAAAAUGUUUGGUCCCAGGAUGAUUUUAUAACUAGCUUCAUGUUAAUCUUAUUAUGAUAAUAAUACUUCAUUAUAUGUAUAACACUAGUGUUUCAUCUAGCCACUUGCAUGUGCCCAUGAUGCAUUAGCACCAUGCUUGUAUGUUUUAAACAUAAUAAUAUAUAUGCUAUACACUCAGGUUUUCUCUUA